UAUUAUCCUGUAAAAUCACCCGGUCGUUUGCGAAACCUCUCGGAACAGCGAGCGACACUCGGUAUCUUGCGGCGGCGGGCGAUGGACGCGUUGUACCUCAAGUACGUGUGCCCGUUCAAGCAAUACGUGUCGGUCGACCUGAUCGGCGGGCCUCGGCCGAUCCAAUUCCGCUACUUGAUCAACGUGCAGAAGGGAGCGACGUUCUUGUUUGUGCUGGCGUGCAUGGCGUACUUCGACAACUGGUCGUGGACCGCGCACGUGUACUUGGCCAACCAUGGCAUCUACGGGUUUAUUUGGCUGUUGAAGGACAUUACGAUUCCCGACGCGAGCUGGAAGGUGUACUUGACGAUUCCGUCCGCUGUUGUCGCCGUCACCGGGCUUGGCUUGUACUGGGUUGCGGGGUACAUUGUCGUGGCGCAUCGUGUCGAAGCGUCGCCUUCGCUGGCAGCGGUUUGCAUCAUGCUCCACACGCUCGGAACGACGUUGAUGCUGGCGGCAGACACGCAAAAGUACUUCACGCUCAAGUACAAGAAGGGCCUGAUUUCGGAUGGAUGGGUCACUUGGAGUCGCAACACGAACUACCUCGGCGAGAUGAUGCUGUAUUUGUCCUAUGCCCUCCUCGCCAACCACUGGAUUCCGUACGCGUGGCUGGCAUUCAUUUGGUCGGCCAUGUUCAUGUCCAACAUGAUUGCCAAGGAUGCGUCGCUUCGCAAGAAGGAGGGAGGCGAAGCGUACGCGAAGAAGGCAGGGUUGCUGUUUCCGAACGUUGCGGGAUGGGCUGCAGCCACGUGGGCCCACGCAAAAGGCGCGACGCCGCAGUCCGUCAAACGCGCGUGACCAUCAAGCCAAGCCCGUCGACGCCAUGGUUCGACGACAUGGCGUGGGGACGUGCAGCAGGUCCUUUGCAGUCUGCGAUUUCAUUGCAAACGUCGAUGCGUUCACGUGGCGAUUCGCCAUUGUGGCCCAGA